AUGUCAUCCUUGGUCAUGGGGACGCCGCCCACCUGUCCGGGGGAGAUGAUCCAGCCCCGCCCCAAAGAUAGAUAGAGGCGGUGCCCUCCCUCCCUUGGGGCCCCAGGGAAACCAGCCGUUAGGAAGGCCAGUGCCAAGUCCAGGCUCCAUGUGCCUGCAGCUGAGGAUGAAGUCAUGGCUGCUGUGAGGUGGCCAGAGCCCUCCCAGCAGGCAGGCGCCCAGCGGGGGUCUCCCCACGUGGCCUGGUCUGACGACCCUGAGGAGCCCGGCCCCCGGGGAAAGGUCUGCAGCCUCCUGGUGUGGCUGACAGACGAGGAGGCCAAGGAGGGGGACAGCUCGGUGUCAUCGGGCCGCCUCUCCGGCUCCUCGGGGGGCCAUGAGUCAUGCACACCUCCCCACGGGACCUGGAAGGAGAGGACCCCCCAGGUGCUGGGGCCCCCGCAGCAGCCCAGGGAGAGCACUUCCCGGCUGGAGCAGCUGAGGGACAAGAUCCGGGCCCAGGCACAGAGGCAGGCGAGCUGCGCCUCCCUGGGCACCUUGGCACCCGCCAGCGCCUCAUGUCUCUACAAAGCCCCCACGCCAGCCCCCCGGAGGAAAGCCCGAAAGCCGACACACCCCGCUCCAGCCCUGGCUUACCCAGGCUCAGGCAUCCUGAGUGGGGCUGAAAGUGGAGUCGAAGACAGGGCAACACCUGGCCAGGGGCGUGAGGCCUCCAGGGUCUCCCCGCGGCAGGCCUCAGUUCCACGGGAAAAAAACAAAAGGAUGAAAAGUAGUUCUUGCAAAAGAGAGAAGACCCCCAAGCUGCCCGCCCCUAGGAGAGCUGCCAAAGACACAGAUUCUGAGUUGGUUGGUGUUUACACUUGGGGAAAAGGACAAGCUCGGGCGAGGGUGCUGCUUGCCCCUCCUUCCCUCCCGAGGCUUCAGAGCAAGGCACCCUCAAGAGGACACGGCAAGAAGUCUGGAGCUGGUGAGAGUUCCCCUGUCCGCCCCCGGCUGCCUAGAUCAACCUCUGCCCACAGCGACCCGCAGGUGUCAGCCAAUGCUCCCCAACUGGCUUCCUGCCAUCAGCCCGUGAACAUCCAGGCUGCUAUGGCCGUCCUUCGAGACCUCCACCAGCAAAUCCAGGCCAGGCUGGAGCUGGCCCAGGACUGCCACCCAAGGCGAGGGCUGGAGCUGCAGGACCUGGCCGGGAGGAGGUGGCAGAGGCCCUGGAAGCCCCCAGACUUGCGGGGCUCCUGGAAGAGCCCUCGGGCCAUGACGGAGGGGGCGCCUGCCUCCAAGGGGGCUGGGAGCCUGCCCAUGGUGCCGAGCUGGAGCACCUUGGCCAGGUGGGAGUCCUGUCCGCAGAGGACCUGGGCGGCCCAAGGAUGGGACCGCUCCUUCCAGAGGCCCUGGAGCCCCCCUGAAAGAUGGGGCCCCUUCCUGCAGCGGCCCCGGAGCACCUCGUCCGUGCAGGCCUGGGGCCUGCAGAGGGCCUGGACCGCUUGUGAAGACUGGGAGGGCCCUGCCCGAAGGCCAUGGAGCCCUCUGGAAAGGCCGAGCUCUCCCACCUGGCAGCCCUGGAGAGCCGCCUUCACGCAGGGGGCCGGCCCCCUGUUCCAGGGCAGGGGUCCACUGCUGACACCCUCGGGGGCGAAGCUCGCCUGGCCAAGGCCCAGCCAGGGUGCCCUUGGGAACAUGCCUGGGAAGGAGAAUGAGGUGCGACCCCCGCCGCCCUGCUUGAAGCCCCGGGGGCCCCUGGGCCCCCUCCUCGGCUCCGAGUCCCUGCGGGAGUUCAUGCGCCAGGAGACGGAGGCCUGGCGGCAGCAGACCCCCCCAAACAAGGCCUCCGCCACGCAAGUGCUGGAGCUCAGAAACAGACAGAGGCUGCGGGGCGUCUACAGGAGGCAGGAGGAGGGCGUCCCCGUGGUCUCCCAGACGCCGCCCGGCAUCAUGACCUUCGUCCCGCAUUCUGCACAGUCCAGGGGCCUGGAAGCCGCCGGGGGCCCAGGAGCGCCUGCGCUGCAGUGGAGCAGGGUGACUUCCGGCAUGGUGCUGGGGGACCAGGAGGCCCCAGGCAGCUUCUGCCUGUGUUUAAACAGAGCUUUGAACCCGGCCAAGACUCUGGAGGUGGGAAGCCCCCGAGAUGGCUGGGAGGGCACCCCCCUGCUGACGUCGGCCAGGUCUUCCCUGGGCCCUCUGCAACUCCAGGACCUGACCACCCACUACCCAAGCCCGGGGCUGUGCAUCUACCUGGACCCCGAGGAGUCCGAACGCCUGGGCACGCCAGGCCACCUGUACUUCCGGUACAAGCAGGCCCGACUGCAGGCCCUGGAGACAACGGCCAACAUCCUGAAGCAGCGAAUCGACGUCCUGACCGACAGGCUGCGCAGGUCCAAGGCGACGGACGCACCGGGGGGCCUCCCAGGCCCACCGCCCUCGAGCUCUAGCACACCAGCCUGCCCGGGAGCCCUGGUGCCCAACGUGGGCGGAGGGGCACCCUGGGACUGGGCGGGCAUGCGGGCCAGGCCGCUUCUCUCUACCACCUGCUUCCCGGACACUGAGACGCUGCCCUGGAGGCCUGGCUGGGAACGGCUGCAGAGCGUGAGCCCUAGGGGCCACCAGGCCAGCAGGUCCCAAGGUUUUGUGGAGGAUGGGCGCUCGGAGCUGAACCAGAGGCAGGCGGGAAACGUGGCUUCCUUCCAGUCCCUCAGCCCCUUUGCAGGGAGGCAAGCCCGGGCACCACUCCUGAGCAGCCUUGUGCCCCCAGGGUGGGUGCCGCCGGCCCGUGACAGAGCCCGAUUCGGGGACAUGCUUGUCUCCUCCUGCAAGGACGCACCCCUCUCCCACCCCAAGAACCGCUCCUUCUGCCACAUCGCCCUCCCGUCUGCCCAGGGGCUCCUGCAGCCGCGGGUCCCCGUCCAGUCCUCCUCCCCUGCCGGUGGUGCCCUGCUGGCCCCCAGCCCCGCCCACCUCCUUCCUUGGCACCCGCACCAGGAGGGCCGCUCCCUCUUCCUGGAACAGUCUUUUCACGCCAUCUCCCUGGCAGGACUCUCGUCCGAGCCCGGCACACGCGCCUGGGCUGCAGAGUCACCUGUGCCCCAAGCCCCUAGUCCAGGCAGCUGCAGCCCACCUGUGCCCGGCGGCUCUCCCACCCCACCUGGGCUGCUGCCCUCUCGGGGGGCCCAAGGCCGCGCCUUCCUCCUUCUCCUGUGGCGGACGUGCUGGGCAGCCCUGGGGCGGCAGUGCCGGCUCAAGAAGAUGGGGCUGAGGCUUAGAGCUACGAUGCGGGCCCUGCUCCACUCUGGGCCUGGCCCUGCCGAGCUGGGAGAUCCCGAGGGUGUGGGCAUCUACAGGCCCCGCCUGCUCGCCACUGCCCUCCUGGCCCUCUGGUCCCAGGCCCGUCCCUCCUUUGGCCCUUGGGUCUCCCUGGACACUGGGUCUGCAGAAGCCCAGAUUACCACCCCUCACCCCACCCCAGCCCUCAGCUGUCUCCUGCCUCGAGCACGUUCGCUGCUCACACAGGUGUUUGUGUGUCCCCAGCUCACUCGGGGCGCCAGCUGCACCAGACCCCCGCUGCGGCUCCCUGUGGCUGGAAAAGAUGCGGUCAGCCAGAGGGGCGGGCUUGGUCGCGCCCUGGACCCUCCGGAGCUGUGGAGAAUUCGGCACUGCAGGUGCAUUCGGAACAAACCCCAACCCCUGCCCCCCUCAGGAGCAGCCCCAGAUAAAACCUGCACCUCCUUACGGGGCCAGCUGGAGUCGCCCAUCUCACAAGGGGGACAAAAGCUGGGAGAGCUCGGGCAGCCCUGGCCCCUCUGGACCAUCAGCUGCGCCCUGUCUGUAAAAUGGCCGCCAGCUCACUGCUUCCUCCUGGGACGCACAGCCCACGUGCGCCCCGGGCACUUGUGUCCACCCACGCAGGGCGGGCAGGCGAUGCCCAGGGUGGCGGCAGGGAGGUGGUACAGCGCCUCGGGGGACAGGCAGCCCCGCCUGGACCCCAUGGCAGCCUCCGCAGGGCCAGGAUGGGUCCUCGGAGCCACCAAAGGGGAACAGAAGGCCUCGGCCGCCCUUGGGGAGCCUGAGGUUUCUGUGCCCGCACUCUGGACAGUCCCAGAGAUCCCAGGGAGGCCUUGGGCUGUGCCCGUCACCCAGCGGAUGCGUGGUCUGCUGUCCGACACCCGGCAGAAGUCCCUGAGCUUUCUGGAGUCCCUGAAGCUGGACGGGCGGAAGCAGGAACAGGCGCUGGCCCUUCUGCGGCAGGAGGCGGAGCUGGAGGGGCAGCGCCGGCCCUGCUGCCCGGCCAAGCCUGUGGAAGGGCCGGCGGGAAGCACAGGCCAGGCCGGGGAGGGUGUGCCGCGGAGGGCAGAGCACAGCUGCCCGCAGAGGCUGGAGGACAGGCUGAAGGGGACGCCCGUUUUACAGCAGAAACAGGACGUUUUUUCCACGAGUGUCCUGGGGACCCCUGGCUGGGUGACAGAUGACAGCCUGGGCCUCCCACCUUCCCGUGUCCCGGGCUUAAGGGAAGGGGCCGAGCCUCCGAGCCCCCCUCUGCCCAGCCCCCCGGCCCAGCAGCACCCCGCAAAGGGGAAGAUGGUACCCAGCCCCGGCGAGGACAGGCCCUCUCUGGGGGGCAGGGAGGGUCUGUCGGCCCCCCAUGGAGGAUGGACAAACGAGGCCCCUGAGGUUGGAGACUUGCCCGGCCUUGGGCGCUUCCCUGGGACCCCGCCUGGCCCACUGCUUGUGAGGCUGCCUGGUCCCCGCUCCACAACACACACCAUCUUCCUGCCCUCCCAGCGGCUGAUGGAGAAACACUCGACCCAGGCCAGGCCAGGAAUGGCCUUGGAGCUGGAGCAGCCACAGGUGUGUGCGGACCUGGAGCUGCAGAGCUCUGGGAGCACCGUGACAGUCAGACCCAGCUCACACCCACGCCCGGGUGGAGACGUGGCCGCGCCCUCUCUGAGUCCCGAGGAAGGAGAGUGGGGCGGACGAGUCAGCUCAGAGCCUGUGCAGGAACGGAAACCAGACCACACCCCCUCCCAGCUGCCCCUGGCCAGGCUCUACCCUUGGGACAACCCCAUCCUCCAGAUGCCAGAGCAGAGCCUGCAGGAAGAGGAACUGCGCGCGCAGCACCAGGCCGCGCUGCUGCGCCUGCGCGAGAAGGCGCUCGAAGAGAAGACGCGCGCGGAGCUGGCCUGGCUGGAGCAUCGGCGAGGGUAUCUGAAUAGCACCAGCAGCUAUGCAGUGCUGGUGGCCUCGGCAGAGAAGCAGCACCAGGCCCUCAGCAACCUUGAGUGGGAGCUGAGGGAGACCUGGUACCUGCGCCACAUCCACCUGUUCUCCCACCAAGAGAGGAAGCUUCUCCUGAAGCAGCAGAAGGACAUCCUCUCCUUGCAGAGGUCCAGGGCUCUCUUGCGGCAGGAGCUUCAGGCCCGGAGCAGGCUGCCUCAGGUGGGUGCUCUCACCUGGCCUGGGGGCUCAGCCUCUGGCCAGGAAACGCUUGUCACCCGGCUGCUUUGUGGGAAUGUGCGAGUCCCUUGUAAAAACAUCCGUGACCCAGGGUGGAAAGGGACUCUGGAGGGGUCGGGUGGAGGGCGGGACGGGCGGCAAAGUGGGUUUCCUGAACUAGGCGGCCCUGGCCGGGCCCUGGAGGAGGAACCAGACCCCCAGUGGCUGGAAGGUGCUCCAGGCCCGGAGGUGGGGGGCCCGGGGGAAAGGGGGGUGAGGCUGGAGCAGGGGCGGGGCCAGGGCUUUACUCAGCUCCUGGGGGCGGUGGUGGAGGAGGGGCCGAGGCAGGAGAGAGCACGCCCUGGGCUCCUCGGAGAGGCCAGCCCCUUGGGAUCCCUGAGCCGUGAGGGCGCCCUGGUUCCCGCUCCCCAUUCCUGCUGCUGUCGCGGGAAGGAGGCCGUGUGGAUGCAGCUCAGGGACCUGGGCGUCCUCAGGCAAGGACCCCCCCAGCUCUGGGCCUCAUGUCUGCACCUGAUGGGGACUGUUAGCAACAGGGUGUGGGGCUCCUGCGAGUCAAAGACCCCCUGUCGCAGCCUGGUGCCCACCCCCGCGAGCGCGCUGUCCACCGUGCUGCCGGCCGCCCUGCCGCGCCUGCUGCCUGUGAAGCCUGCCUCCCGCUUUUCCUAA